AUGAAAGUCGCCAUCAUCGGUGGCGGACCCUCUGGUCUAGCAACAUUGCGCUUCCUGCUCCACGCGCACGAGUUCUUCCCCAUUGACCCAAUCGAAGUCCGUCUGUUCGAGGGCGACAAGACAAUUGGCGGGACCUUUGUGCAGCGCGUGUACGAGGAUGCCGAGCUGGUCUCGUCAAAGUACCUGACUGCCUUUUCCGACUAUCGCCUUCCCAGGAAGUCUGGGGACUUUGUAACCCCCAAGGAAUACGUGAACUUCCUCAAUUCCUAUGUCCGGCACCACCGCCUCGACCGCAGCAUUGAGCUAGAGACCAAGGUCAUGAGCGUGAGCCGCAGUGUUCAAGGCGGCCACAAGGUUGAAAUUCGUCGCCCUGAUGGCAGCACUGAAGAAUGGGUUUCUGAUGCCGUUGCUGUGUGCACCGGGCUCAACAUGAACCCUCGCAUCCCUGACAUGAAGAACCUCGACAAGAUUCCCGAGGUUCUCCACUCCUCCCAGAUCAAGAAUCGUCGACAAUUCGGUUCAGGCGCCAAGGUCGUGGUCAUGGGCGCGGGUGAGGCGGCCAUGGACAUGGCUCAUUUGGCCGUGACAUCGGGGGCCAAGUCCGUCUAUCUCUGCCACCGGGCUGGCUUCUUCUGCGCACCCAAGGUGAUCCCCGUCCCCAUCCCGUAUGGCAAGGGUGCCGCUGCCUACAUGUACAACAAGCCCGUGGAUGCUUCCGUGGCGAGCCUUUUCAACACGGCCUACGUCCACCCCGUCCUCCAGCGCAGCUCACUCUUGUGGACUGCCUAUGACCAGUGGAUCAAGAAAAUGCACAUGCUCAUCUCCGGCACGGAAGAGGGCCCCGACCAGUGGGUUGGCCACAUGAGCAAGGAGCGCAAACACGUCAACUCUGUAUUCUUUGUCAAGUCGGACCGCGCCAUUCGCUACAUGUCCGAGGGACAUCGUUCCGAAUCAUGGUGGAACAAGAAGCGCACUGCGUUUCUCAAUGUCCCUUUGAAACCGACCUUUGGGCGGAAGAUUCAUGUCUGCGCGUGGCCUGAAGAGAUCGACAAUGAGGGCUGUAUGGCGUUGAAGAACGAGUCGGACGCGGACCCCAAGCGCGUCAAACCUGACCUUGUCCUCAUGGCCACUGGAUAUCAGACCGAGUUCCCUUUUUUCGACGCCAGCUACCCAUCCAUCACAGACACUGAUGUUCGUGCAGUGUACAACAGCGACAACAUUGAUGUCGGAUUCAUCGGGUUCGUUCGUCCCAGCAUUGGUGCCAUCCCGCCUCUGGCCGAGCUGCAGGCCCAGUUUUGGAUCCUACGCCUUCUACAGGACCAAUUCCCGGACAAGAUGCCCACGGGUCCGUCCAACGAUGCCCUGGCAGGGUACGAGAUGGACUGGCAGCUCAAGGCCCGCGCCGGAUACGACUUGUUCGCCAGCAAGCGCGGCGUUGACCACGAGAGCUACGCCUACCAGCUGGCUCUGGACAUGGGCGCCGCGCCCAAUAUUGGCUUCGUCAUGCGCAAGGGCUGGAAGAUCCUGUUCACCUGGGCCAUGGGGUCCAACUUCAACCCCAAGUUCCGCCUAGUUGGGCCUUGGAAAAGCGAGGCUGUCGCGCUGCAAAUCAUGGAGAAGGAGCUUUACCCGGUGGUCAAGAUGUCGGGUGGCGCUGUCUACCUGCUGACCUACACGGUCAUUCCUUUUGUCUGCUUUGGGUUACUCAGCCUGUUCUUGUACGCGUGCUCCAUGAUUGCAAAGCCCUUUGCUACCGUUGGUAACCUGUUUGCCAAAAAGAAGAACAAGUAG